GCCCGCCCGCACCCCGUCCCCCCACUACCGUCCUCGCCCUCCCCCGACCACUCCGCCCACACACACACAACCACCAUCACUUCUCUCACAUCUCCCACAACAAUCAGCUUCUCGCACCGCCAUCAAUAUAGGUGACGCCGACGCCGCACACUGCGUCCUACACAGCACCUGCGUAGGAGGCUAGCGACGCCGUGGCCGACGCCAAGGCGAGAUAGAUAGUACACGGUCGCAGCGAGGACCACACACACACCUUCCUCCUCCCGGCACGGGGGUACCGGCACAAUGGGGCUACCACGGCUGAUGCAAUACGAGGCGACUCACCCGCUGUACGGUGUAGCCUUCUCCAACAACCCGCAGCAUCCGCACCGCAUCGCGCUCACUUCCUUCCUUACUGGCCCAGCCAAUAAGCUGUUUGUCGUCGACGCGGCCGCCACAGCGUCCUACCCCCAGUCUUAUGCUCCCCAGGCCGACUUUGCGAAUCUCGCCACGGGCAACCUCUCCUUCCCUGCCACGAAAGUGGCGUGGGAGCCCCGCGAAUCGCUCGCCCGUCACGACGCCCAGGGGGGCCGCGGCGAGCUGCUUGCGACGACUGGCGAUGUGCUGCGGCUCUGGGAGCUCAAGCAGUGGGAGGGGUCGGACGGUACCCGGUCGGGGUACGUCGGGCGGAACGGGUACAAUGACCCCAGUGCGGGCGAGUUCCUGCUCGCCGAGCGGAGUGUACUGUCCAACAAGGGCAAGCAGCACGCGUACAACUUGCCCCCCAUUACGUCGUUUAGUUGGAACGCGACGGCCCCAGCGUCUAUUGUCACCUGCUCUACAGACACGACGGCAACGCUCUGGGACAUCAACACGUCGCAGGCGUUGACACAGCUCAUUGCGCACGACAGGGCAGUAUACGAUCUAUCGUGGUUGCCGCAAUCGGCCGACAUCUUCGUAUCGGUCGGCGCAGAUGGUUCGUUGCGCGCGUUCGACCUCCGGCAGCUCGAACACUCGACGAUUCUGUAUGAGACGCCAAACUCGUCCCCCUUGUCCCGGAUAGCCUUCAGCAACCGUGAACACAGACACAUGCUCGCGUGCUUCAGCAUGGACGACUCGAGGACAUUAAUCCUCGACAUGCGCAGCCCAGGCCAGCCAGUAGCCGAGCUGCUGGGCCAUCAGGCACCACUCGGUGCCAUCGCAUGGGGUUCCGGCGGCUCUGGCACUGGUGCGACGGGUGGCGGCUUCAUCGCCAGCGGUGGCGACGACGCCCAACUGCUCGUGUACGACCUCACGCGCCCGCUUCCAACAGAAGGGGAGAGCGGCGGCAGAUCAGGGCGGUCGGGCAACAACGGUCCGUAUGCCCUCUCCCCACCGGCCACUCCGUCCAACCGCACACCGUCGCCGAGCUCGACACGGGCGGCUGAGAUCCAACCGGUCCGCGCGUGGUCGUCGGCCGCAGAGAUUAACAACCUCAUCUUCUCCCACAGCGGCGAGUGGGUGGGCUGCGUCAGCGGCUCGCGCCUCAGCGUCCUGCAAUUGUAGAAAAAAAAAAGCACGGAUGUGUGAAUGGAUUGGCGCCACACGCCAAACAGGGAAGGAAGGACACGGCAUCUCUUAUACCCUCAUCGAGAUUCACCAACAGGCAGCGAGCGUUGUAGUAGAUGUCGAUGCA